ACCGAGCAGACAAUGCAUGCUGCACACACCAAGCACACAGUGCACGCUGCACACACCGAGCAGACAAUGCAUGCUGCACACACCAAGCAUGCAGUGCACACUGCACACACCGAGCACGCAGUGCCCCGGACUGCUCUGGAUGAGAUCUCCAGCAAAAUUUCAGAUCUGGACAAAUGGAGAAAAAUCUUUAGUUUCCAUGGGUAAGUUUUAUAGUCCACUUCAUUAUUACCACACACUCUAAAUUCCAGAGUUUUAAAAUGUAGUUGUUCGUUAAUUUUUAAUAGGAUUGUUUGUUCCAUGUUGUUAUUAUUACCAAUAUUACGUUGUAUCCUAUUAGGAAAAGCAGCAGCUUUUACUCACUUUCUCUCCUGCAGUUCUCUUCUGGCUGCCUCCCACUCCUGAAUGUGUGAGCAACACCUCUAUUUUCUUUUAAUGUGCAUUUCUUUCCCUUUGCAGCCGGGAAGGCCCGCAGGCCGCCCCCCAGGUGAGUGUUUCUCCCCGGGGUUGCACUGUACACUCCCCCCCACACGCUGUGACAGCGCUGCGAUGCCCGCAACAGAUAUUUGGAAGUAAAUGCCACACAGCUCUUAGACCAAAUAUCUGCAGUCGCUGUUGGUUUGGUAGCACUCCAAAAUACUCUGCAGGAGAGUUUGGCUGCUCGGGUUUGUGCCCACAGGUGGCAGCAGGUGGUGAAGGGCAGCGAGGGCCGAGCACAGCAGAGGGAGGGCACAGAGCAGGCAGGAGCAGGGAGCUGGGAGCUCGGAGCUGGGAGCAGAGAGCAGCGAGCCCCCACACUUGCUCUGUCUCCUCACAGGGACCUGUGGGCCGUGGGCACGGAGCAGUGGGCACCAGAGGAGCCGUGGAGCCGCGUGUGCCACCCGCAGAGCCACAGCACGCGGGGCGGCCCAUCCCCACGGGCACAGCAAUGGCGCUGCGGACGCUGCUGCUCGGGAAUGCGUCGCGCACCUUCAGCCAGGACUGGGCACGGGCGCACUUCAGGUUCCGUGAGCCGCGCUCUGAGCUGGCCUACACUCUGGAGGCUGAGAAGGGAGGAACGAGAGCCAUUGUGAUGGCUGUACAGGCGAACAUCAUUAAAUACCUGCUCUUCGUGAGGAACACAGAACACACUCACCUGGAGAGGAGUGAGGCUUGCUUCCUUGGCGCAAUCUCUGGUGCCACAGUUGCAGCUGGGGGACCCCUCCCAAUGUCAGGCCCCACCUCGGAGCUCGGGGACUCUCAGCAUCCCCAAGGACGGACCCACAUCUGGUGGCCAUAUGGGGCCGGGCGGGUGAUGUGGACACGGGCACAGGGACACAGGGGCACAGACCCCCGCUGCCCCUGCCCCCACCUGCCUGGCGUGCUCUGUUCUACCCUGCACUGCAGAUUGUGCAAAAUCAGCCAGAAGGAGCAAGGAGAGGCCCUGGCCGCAGCGCUGGCAGACAGCCUGUGGGCAGCGGGGGACGGCCGGGGAGCCACCGUCUGCCUCCUCGCAGCAGCCACCCGCUGCUCCGCUCCCCUGGGCUGCAAGGCCGACAGCUUCACUGAGCGGAUCCACCUGUUCGAGUUCCGUGAGAAAGCAGCAGCUCAGGAGUUUCUCUUUGACCAUAUUGACUGUUUCAGAGAUGAAGGAAGUCAUGGACUGAUCCUGUUUUUAUACAGUUUACUUUUCUCCAGGACACUGGAAAGGGUCCGGGAGGAGCUGGGUGGCACAGCGCCGCAUCUGCUAGAAUGCAGUUCUGGAAACGUCACCUGCACGCAGGCAGUGCUCCUGCUCGUCCUGGCGGGCAGCGCGCAGCCCAGGCAGCGCAGCGAGGUGGGCUUCCUGCGCUGGGGCGGCGAGGAGGCCGAGCGCCGCUUGCCCCCGGUUGGCAGCAUGCUGAAAACUCCCAAGUUCCCUAUCUGGCUAUGCAGCAUCAACGGGACGCACAGUGUCCUCUUCAGCACCAACAGGCUGCUGCUGUCUGACUGGAAGAUGGAGCACGUCUUUCACCUGUACUUCUACAACGGGCAGCACAGGCAGACAAGAACAGCCCACCUGACCGUAGGUGUGUGCCCCGGCCCCCCCCAGGGCACUGCGCUGCGGGUGUCACAUCCAGAUGUGUGUGGGACUGCCCGUGCGCACAGCUCUGUGUGUCCAGCCCCGCGCACAGCCCACGCUGCAGGGUACCCGCAUGCAGAUGCACACAUGCAGCACACGUUUGUAUUUUCCCACCCAGCAGCAAGGUGCCCCCAGACACCCGCACUCCCCCGGGGUCCCACACACCUUCUGAACUGUGUUUUGCUUCCAGAUACCCACUCGCAUCACUGGGAAGAGGGCCGCUGCGAGGCCGCGAGCCGCCCGGGGAGGAGGGCUCCGUCGCUGGAGAUGGCCAUCAGGACCAAGUGGCCGGGGGCAGCCGUCAGCUGGAACGGGACAGAGCCCUUCUUCUGAGCCGGCCCUCAGCCCAGCACCAGGAGCAGGGUCACCGCUGGCACCGCCACAGCCUUCAGCGUCCUCUGCUUCUCCCCAGAGCGGGCAGGGGAAAGGAAACAGCAUGGCAACGUGGUCAUUUCCACGUUUCCAUGGCAGAGAUGGUCAAGAAA